AUGGCGACGCAGCGCACUCCAAGCCAGCAGGAUGCCAUUGCGAGCUUGCGAAGCGUGUUGCAGGGGAGCAGUGGCUCGGUCCCGGACGAUGAGAUGCUGGCCACCCUGCUCGAGGUGGAAGGAUGGGACGUCACUCGAGCGGCACGGCUGGUGGAAGAGGAUAGCACUGCCGAAAGGCGAAGGAGUGGAGCCGACGACGAGACAAUCGCCAGGUCUUUUGCGCAAGAUGCUCAAAUCCGAGGAUCAAUGGACUUCGACCAGUCGGCAGCUCACUCAGGAUCGCCGUAUGGCUCCUCCAAUGGGCUCUAUCAACGUGGCAACGGCGUGCCUAGUGGCUUCCCCGGCGGCGCAGGCCUACGUCCUUAUCCUCGACCUGGUGACCGUCCUUCAACAAGCAUCGCGCAGAUGAUCUGGUCUGCCUUGACCUUUCCGCUUUCGCUUGCCUCGAGCUUGCUGCUCUUCCUAGCGCGGAUCUUGAGGAUUCGGGCUCUGUUUCCCUCCCUCUUCGCCGGCAGUCCAGGACCUCAAAGAUUGGGCUCUUCCGAUCCUCGAGACAAUGCGGAGACGUUCGUACGAGAGCUCGAGGAGCAGACCGGUGCAACCACAGACGCGUCGGCUGUGUCGAGGCAAGACUCUGGGACCCGUGCCCCCGUACCCACGAGACUGCCCCCCUUCUUCAUCGGAGGCUAUGCAGACGCGCUGAAAGCGGCAAAGGAACAGAUCAAGAUCCUUGCCAUCGUUCUGGUCAGCCGAGAGCAUGGCGAUGACGAUCGCUUCAAGCAGAACACACUGACAGAUGGUGACCUCGUGGAUCUGCUGUCAAAGGACGACUUCAUCGUGUGGGGCGGUGACGUACGAGAACGCGAAGCAUAUCAGGUAGCGACGACGCUACAAGCCAGCACGUACCCGUUCGUUGCUUUCAUCGCGCUUCAGCCACCCCGUUCAGCCAGUCGAAGCUCGGCGGCGUCCAGCACGUCUUCCCCAAGGGCAGCGAUACUUUCGAGGUUGGAAGGUUCACCCGUCUCUGCCACGUCGGCAGCGAUCAUCGCGUCGCACAUUUCUGACAUUCUCCUACCGAGGACACGGACGUAUCUGGACCGUCUUCGAGCAGAAAAGCGCCGGCGUGAGGUGGAGCGACAGCUGCGCGCCGACCAGGAUCGAGCAUAUCAGGAAGCGAGUCGACGCGAUGCGGAGAGAAUCACGCAGAGGCGAGAGCAGGAACGACGGAAAUCCAUAGAGGCGCAACGAAUCCGAGAGCAACAGGAGCAGAAAGAACAACACCAGCGCAAACAGCAAGCAUGGCAGAAGUGGGCGCUCCACCAUCUCGUUCCCACGGAGCCUCUGUCUACCAGCGAUUCGAUCCGGUUCAGCUUCCGACUGCCAGGCGGCAAGACGCUGACACGUCGCUUCUCGCCUGCCGACUCGGUCGCAGCCGUCUUUGCUUUCGUCGAGACCUCCUCGAGAGCAUCGGAUGCGGACAGCACGGCGGUCCACGGCGGAAAGCCGGACAACUACGAGCAUGAACACAGGUUCAGCCUUGUGACGGGCUACCCCAGGAAACGCAUCGAGUUCUCUGGCGCAGGUGCAAAGCAGCUGAAAGACGUGGACGGGCUUUCGCAAGGAGCAAGUCUGAUCGUGGAAGGACAGGUGCUAGGCGAGCAACAAGCAGGCGCCACGGAUGAUGAGACGACCGACGACGACGAGGACGAGGGACCGAACGGGUCCACUUAG